AUGUCGUCGUCUCAACAAUCCUCCGGUCACACGUGGACUGAGGGUGAUUUUGAACAUCCUAAUGAGAGAAUUCGCCACUCGUUGAUUGUGGCACUUGUUUUUGCGUUUACUCUGCCUACGGUCGCUGUUGGUUUGCGUCUUCUGGCGAGACGGAUGACUGGAAAUAGGCUGUUCCUGGACGAUUAUCUGAUUCUUGUUGCUUUGUUAUUUAAAUAUGGAUGCUCAACUGGCGUUGUCAUUUUGCUAUUCAACGGCCUGGGUUCUCAUAUCGAGACAGUCCCAAAAGAAAAUGUUGAGCGUUUCUUCAAGAUUGGGUGGGCAAACCCAUUUGUCUACACUGCCAAUGUGAUGUUUAUCAAAUUAUCCAUUCUGGCUCUGUACCGACGCCUGUUUUCCACAAAGUACAUGCUCUUUGGUGUCUACUUCAUGGGCAUGGUGGUCAUUCUCUGGGCUGUGAGCAUUUGGGUCGCUGCUGCGCUCAACUGCAUCCCCAUACCCAAGUUCUGGGACCGAUCAAUUGAGGGAGCCUGCAUCGAUCCCGACAAGUUUUACUACGGCACGCAGAUUCCUAACAUCGUCUCUGAUGUGAUUAUUCUGCUUAUGCCUCAGGGAGUUGUCUGGUCUCUCCCCGUUGCCAAGUCACAGAAGCUGCUUCUGUCUUGUGUGUUUAUGGUUGGCGGACUGGCUCUGAUUUUCGAUAUUGUUCGACUGGUUGCUAUGCUUCACUUGACCAAGCAGGGUAAUGACAUUACCUACUAUCAAAUGCCUGUCGUCAUGUGGACCUGCACCGAGGCCGGCGUGGGUAUCAUCGCCGCAUGCCUCCCGAAUCUCCGACCACUGUUCAAGACCGGAGGCCGUGGUUUCUGGUCGCAGCUGCGAUCUCUCACCCACGGAUCAUCCAAGGCGCAUCUGAACAGCGCAAGUACGAGUACUACAAACUCGAGUGGGAGCCGGAGUUUGCAAAAGGGACCGGUCGAUUCCUGCGUUGCCGAAGAGGGUAUCGAGAUUCAUCGCUACAGCACUAUCAUCGGAGAAGCGGAAAAGUAAGAUUUCAAGCAGGGUGAGCCCAUUUUACCCAUGUGAUUCAGUGGAGGAAGCUGGCGCGACAUUCAGGUCUGGAAAAUAUAGGCGGCGUUUAUUUCGUUUAUUCCUUCUUAAGAUACUCCCUUAAGCAAUACUGUUUUAAUUCUUGUCAAUCAAUUUCGUUAGUUAGUC